GGAUCCAAAUCCGAUGUCAGCUUGUAAACAUUUUGAACCAGCGUGGUUCACGGAGUGCGGCAUGUUUCUGUGCUAUAAUCGAGAAAUAUGUAACACACUGUUGUCCUUUAACUUUUAACUGCUUGUUUUCGGUGUUGCGUGCUUGCCCUCAGUGAAUAUCAUGGCUCUGGCGGUGCGGCGGUUACUCGCAGAAAAGAUUACCCAGACAGCUGAUCGUAUUGGAUGCAGCGAUGGCUCUAUACAAAAAAUACUUCCUUUAUUGAAAUUAAAACUUGAUUCCCGAUUCGUGCCGCAGAUCGUCGUCCCUUUGCAAGCGAUCUCGUCGGCAACCGGCAUUGAGAGCGACGCACUUUGGAAGCGACUCAAGUCCGACCUGAACUCGGACUUCCCCAUCGAGCUCGGAUCGGGGGGAGACACUAUCGCCGUCAAUUUGGAGGUUAAAGAUUUUGUAAAGGAUACACUGCGAUCAGCAGUGGCAAUCGAAGGUGACUUUGUGAAACGGAGCGGCCUGCUCUCGAACCUACCUCGCCGUCGAGUGAUAGCUGACUUUAGCUCACCCAACAUUGCCAAACCCUUCCAUGUGGGACACCUAAGGUCGACCAUCAUCGGCAACGUUCUCUGCAACUUGCACCAAUUUGUGGGGGAUGACGUGACAAGGAUAAAUUACCUCGGUGACUGGGGAACACAGUUUGGCAUCCUAAGUUGUGGCUUUAGAAAAUUUGGAAACCAGGCGGAACUUGAAAAAAAUCCUCUGAAACAUCUCUUGAAGAUUUAUGUUGAAUCAAACGCCGAGGCAGAACAAAAUCCUGCGUUUCGUGCCGAAGCACUGAGACAGUUCUCCGACUUGGAAUCAGGCAACAAGGUUGUUGUUUCUCAGUGGAAACUUUUCAGAGAGCUCAGCAUUGUCAACUACACAGAGCUCUACAAGAGGCUAGGAGUGACGUUCGACGUUAUUGAUGGUGAGUCAAACUACAGCAAGGCGGCCCUCGAACUCUUGGAUCGUCUGCGCACGGAGUCAAGACUCCAGUCAAGAGAGGACGGGGUACUGGGAAUCCACGUUCCAGGCGAGGAGGGAGAGGAGGACUGCUUUGUGCCACUGGCCAAGAGUGAUGGGUCCAGCCUCUACCUGACCAGGGACGUGGUCGCCGCUGUGGAUCGGAAAAACCGGUAUAACUUCGACGUGGCCUACUAUGUGGUUGACCGGUCGCAGGCUGGACACUUCCAGUCUCUGCGUCGUGUGCUGGGCGAGCUCGGUCACUCCUGGGCAAGCUCCCUUCAGCAUGUCCCGUUCGGUCGCAUACGGGGCAUGAGCAGCCGCCGCGGGGAGAUGGUGCUUCUCGAGGAGCUCCUGGACGAAGCCAGGGCGAGGGCCGCACGCGCCAUGGAGGCCACCAACACCACGCGCGUCUCCGGCGAGGAAGAGACGGAGGCUGCAGCCGAGGCACUGGGCCUUGCGGGGGUGGUGGCCAACGCCUUGCGCUCGAGGCGCGGCCGGGACGUUGUCUUCGACUGGGACCAGGCACUCCAUGCACGGGGAGACUCCGGGCUCACGCUGCAGUACGCCCACGCCAGACUCUGCAGCCUCGAAGAGAAAGCAGACUGCCCCUUGGAUUUAAAGUGUGACACCAGCGUCCUCUACGAGCCCUCUGCCAUUGCCCUGUCGGUGGAACUUGUCAAGUUUGAAGAUGCUGUGUUUGGAGCCCUUGUAGAACUGGAACCCUGCAUUGUAGUCCAGUACCUUUAUUCGCUGAGUCAUGCAAUAGGCAGAGCAAACAAGACCUUGAUUGUCAAGAACCAUGACACAACUGUGUCAAGUGCAAGGCUGCUACUUUUUCACGCUGCAAGACUAACAUUAAGCCAAGGAUUGAAACUGCUUGGAAUUCCUCCGCUGAACAAGAUGUAGAAUAUUUGUGUGUUAGUAA